CAGAGGAAUCCCUGCUUGUUUUUAAACAGUUUUGUCCUUUGUUUUUAUCUGCCUCACCUGUUUUUACCUUUGGGACUGUCACUUUAGCGGCACCCAGGAUUUAUUGUUCCUCUUUUGGAGUAGCUAAUACACUCUUCUACUCACUCUCCAGACCUGCCGUGACUGUCAGCCCUCCACCGGUGGACUAUGCCCCCUUCAGUCAGCUGAGGGAGGGGGCUCUGUGCUGCUCAGGCUCAUCUAGAGAAGGCUUGGGCAGAAAUCAAAGAGGAGACGGUUAGGUUAUUGCUGAAAAUGCAAGCUUCAACUGUCUCACCUGUGACCAACACUUCACUGCCUUCAAAUACAACCACCACCACAAAGUCCAGAGACCAAAUACUCAUCCAGAGUUCUGGGGCUAUGAUCGCUGUCAUUGUCAUAGGUAUUAUCAUCAUUCUCGCCAUUUUACUGAUCAUCCUGAAGACAUACAACAGGCGGACACAUGCAUCCAGAGUCCUGGGAGCCAGCGGUGGCUCCAAACCUCGUCCGAAGAUGUCCCAGUCCACAGUUCAGAGCAGCAUGCCGCUGAGCACCAUGGGAGUCAACUCUGUGUCUGGCCACAUUGCCAAUUCAAACCCUGCCCCAGAGAACGGCUUCCAGCUGCCCAGGUUGGAACUGAACAGCGGGGAGGGAAUCCACAUCGAGCAGCACAGUUCCACCAGCGGAUCCACUGAGGUCACCAUGCGUGGCACUCCAUCAUUAGGAAACACAUAGCACCAAGACUGUGGUUUAGUCUCACAACAGGUAUUGACUGAUGGCUUGUCUUCAUCCGUGCCCACAUACUGUGUGCUGACUGAAUCCUGUGGAAACUCAAUCCGUGACGUUCGUGUUGUCACCGUCAAUCUCCACCAAUUGAGUCACUGCUGAUGUCUACAUGGACAACAACAUGUCCUUUUGUUGUACAAAAACACACAUUAUGAACAAAAUGGUACCAGACAUAGACAGAACGGAUGGCAUGAAGGAUGUUGCAUGACGGAAAACAGACUUUCUUGUGAAGAGUUGCUUUUUGGCUACAGUCAGUGUUCAGAGUAUAGACGCCAUAAGUUUCUCACUGUUUGUACUCGUUGAUGUUCCAUCACCACUAAUAAAAUGAAGAAAAUGAUGUGUAGUAAAGACUGUAAUGGCUUGAAAAUGUUAGUCUUAAGUGUGUACAUUUCUGUAUUAAGGAGAACGACGUAGGUUCAUGAGUAACUGUAGAAUUAGUAUAGUAAAGACAAAGACAGUAUGAUAGAAGAUAACUCAGUGUGUGAAGGUUACGUUUGAUUAAAGACACGUUGAUAUUGCAGAUUUAUUUUCUACCGACAACAUUCCUUACUAAAUUGUGUUCACCUAGCAUCAUACUGUCUUUGUCUUCUGCCCACAGAUUCUCUCAGAUUAGUUUUUGUUUAAGAAAUCUAAAAAAUGUCAAUGGAUUUUUUUUUUAUCAUGUAGAGUGAAGAGACCACAGAUAUUUUGUGAAACAUCUGGAUGUCAGCCUAACACGCUGAUGUGAAUCCUUUUUAAUUUGAAACCAAAGGAUUUUGCACUUUAUUUUCGUUGCUCCCUGUAUUUGUAUUGUUUGUGGUG